AUCUACAUAUUUAUUAGUGCAAAAAUGCAUUUUUUCAAAUAAAAUGAAUGCCAGAAAAAUGUAACCGGAAAAUAAAUGUUAGCUUCAAAAUAAAAGCCUCCCAAAAAUGACAGACUGAUUUCUUGUUUGUUGGUUAAAAGCGAUUUUACAUUGAAAGUCAUUUCUUUCCUGCUGCUUCUCAAAGAAGCUGACUUGACGUUACCACAGUGAAGGCUGCCGUGCUCCUGGCGGGCGUGAGAGUGUGUGCAGACUCUCGUGCGUAUGAGUGUGUGCGUGUGUGUCUGUGUGUGUGCGCGCGCGUCUGUAAACAGUGGCUCAUUUUAAGAGCGGGGACCGGGGACUCGCUGCUGCGGUGAAUCUGUGCUCAGGAAUCGCUCCGAUGAGGAGAUGGCAGCCGAAUCCACCCGGAGAUUCACCAAGAACCUGCUGAAACCGGGGAGCGCGGCGGAGAUCCGGCAGACAGCCUGCAGCGCAGUCAGACAGUCCGCAGUGACGCAAGAGAAGCCGAAGGUGAUCGACCCUCUCGACUAUGAAGCCGUCAUCGCUGAACUAGGGGAUGAGUUGAAGGAGGACCCUGUAAGGGACUUGUAUCUGUUUCCUGACAAUGAUUUCUCAGUAUCCACUGUGCCUCAGGAGAGACGAACUCUCAAGUCCUCUGUUCCUGAGGGGGCAGAACAGGCUGAAUGUCUGCUGGUCAGACAGGCCUGCAAAUACUACAACUCUGAACUAAAUGUGGUUCAGUUCAAGUAUGAUGACUAUGCUGGAGAUUACCGUCUGCUGCCAAGAAAACUGUACAAAGCAGAGAAGCUACCGUCCCACUCUUUUGAGAUUGACCAUGAAGAUGUAGAUAAAGAUGAGGACACCACCUCACUGUCCUCAUCGAAAGGUGGAGGUGGUGGUGGGAGUGGAGGAGGAGGGGGAGGAGGAGGUGGAGGAGGAGGAGGAGGAGGAGGAAUUGGUGUCUUUAGAUCAGGAUGGUUGUACAAAGGGAACUUCAACAGCACUGUCAACAAUAGUAUCACUGUUCGGUCGUUCAAGAGGAGAUAUUUCCAGCUCACUCAGCUGACAGAUAACUCCUACAUCAUGAACUUCUACAAAGAUGAAAAGAUCUCAAAGGAACCAAAAGGAUGCAUCUUUCUGGACUCAUGCACUGAUGUUGUACAGAACAACCGCCUGAGGAAGCACGCCUUUGAGCUGAAGAUGAAUGAAGUGACGUACUUUGUGCUGGCUGCAGAAAGUGAGCAGGACAUGGAGGAGUGGAUCAGCACCCUAACCCGCAUCCUGCAGAUCAGCCCCCCCGACGGGCCCACCCCAGACCGCAAGAGCCUGGAAAUCACUGAUCACCGGCAGGAUGUGUUUGACCUGUCGCUGAAUGACUGCAGUUUGCAGGACAACGAAGAAACCACGGAGAACGGCAUAAACCCAGAGCUGGCAAAGUAUAUCUCAGAGACAGACGACAAACUUCGCUCUGCCAGAAGAGAGGAGCGGUUGAAUCUCUUCUCUCUUGAUCCUGACACGCCUGUCCUCAGGAGUCCACGGAAUGAGCAUUCAUCAUCGGACAACAAACCGGUUGGCCCAUUUGAGGAGAAGCUGGGCAGAAGGUUCAUGAUAACAUGCAAAUCUCUAAACCUCAUGCUGCAAGGCUGUGUCACGGAGACUGAAAACGGACCGGUCACCAACAUUGAACCCUUCUUUGUGUCGCUGGCUCUGCUGGAUGUGCGAGAAGGGAGAAGGGUUUCUGCAGAUUUUCACGUCGAUCUCAACCACGAAGCGGUGCGGCAGAUGAUUGGAGGCUGCAGCAGUGCAGCAGGAAGUGCUGGUCCAGGGGUGGGAAGUCAGGAGAAUGGAUUGUGCUCUCCUGCAGAGAAGAAACCUGGUGACUGUCACCUUGGACUGGAGCUGGAGCACUGGCUUUGCUAUCCAAAACAGGCCAUUUUCUCUGUGACCAACCCUCACACCGAUAUAGUCAUGGUGGCUAAAAUAGAAAAGGUGCUGAUGGGAAAUAUUACCUGUGGGACAGAACCUUAUAUCAAGAAUACAGACUCCUGCAAGACUGUUCAGAAGAUCAUAAAAUCCAACAAACAGUUUUGCAGCAAACUGGGGAAGUACAGGAUGCCUUUCGCCUGGUCUGUCAGGUACGUGUUUAAGGACAACCACGGAACUCUGGACAGGGAGUCUCGUUUCUCGCCUCUUUUUAAGCAGGAGAGCAACAAAAUUUCCACGGAUGACCUGAUAAAGUUGGUGACAGAGUACAAAAGGGCUGAGAAGACCAGCAAACUGCAGACAGUGCCUGGGACACUUGACAUCGCAAUGGACAACGUCCCACUUGAGCAUCCUAACUGUGUGACAUCCUCAUAUGUCCCCAUAAAACCUUUUGAAGAGUCAAGCACACGUCAGCCUACAGUAGAAGUGGAGGAGUUUGUCCAGGACACCAUCAAGUUCACCCAACCGUACCGCGUCUACAAAAACCAAAUUUAUGUCUACCCUAAACACCUCAAGUACGACAGUCAGAAGAGUUUUGCAAAGGCUCGUAACAUAACCGUCUGUGUGGAAUUCCGUAGCUCAGACGAAGAAGUCGCCAAACCUUUGAAGUGCAUCUAUGGCAAACCAGGAGGACCAAUCUUCACCACAGCUGCCUUUUCCACUGUCCUUCAUCACUCUCAGAACCCUGACUUCUAUGAUGAGGUGAAGAUUGAGCUUCCCACUCAACUCCAUGAAAAGCACCAUCUACUUUUCUCUUUUUACCACAUCACUUGUGACAUCAAUGCUAAGACCAAUGCAAAGAGGAAAGAGACCCUCGAAACCCCAGUGGGAUAUUCGUGGCUGCCAAUUCUCAAAGAAGGCCGCAUGUCCUCACAAGAAUUCAGCAUUCCUGUUUCCUGCAACCUACCACCUGGAUACCUGGCCAUCAAAGAGUCUGGCAACACCAAGAGUGGAGCAGAUGUGAAAUGGGUGGACGGUGGGAAACCUAUCUUUAAAGUUUCCACAAAUGUCGUCUCAACUGUGUACACUCAGGACCCCCACCUGAACCGAUUCUUCCAGCAGUGCCAGAAGAGAGAGCUGGACCUCUCUCAGCCUCCUACCUCGAAUUUUCUCAACUGCUUGAAGGGUCUUCUGAGCAUGGAGAGAAUCCCAGUGAUAGUUCGGUUCCUUCCAGUGCUCUUUAACCAGCUGUUCAAGGUUCUGACUCUGAACGACAACGAUGAAGUCACCACUGUCACCACCAGAGUGUUGGUCCACAUUGUUGGCAAAUGCCACGAAGAAAAUCUGGAUCAUUAUCUGCACUCCUACAUCAAGUAUGUGUUUAAAUCAGAGGCUCAUGGCUUCCGGACGGUUCACGAAGAGUUGGCUAAAGGGAUGACCUUCGAUCUGAAAAGCAACGAGCAAGCAGCAGUGAGGAACAUUCUCAAGUACUCCUGGUUCUUCUUUGAGCUCAUCGUUAAAUCCAUGGCUCAACAUUUGGUUGAUUCUGAGAAGUCAAAGCUUCCGAGGCCGCAGCGUUUUCCCUCCUCCUGCCUGAGCCGCGUGGAAACCUUGGUGGAGACGGUGUCUGACCAUAUCUUCUGGAAGUACAAAGAGCUGGUAGAAGAGACACGCAGUGCCAAUAUGGCCGUGGCGGCUUUUGUAAAGCGCUGCUUCACUCUGAUGGACAGAGGCUUCACAUUCAAACUCAUAAGCAACUACAUUAACAUGAUUACUGCUACUGACAACAAGGUCCUGUGUGAGCUGAAAUUUGACUUCCUGAGAGACGUGUGCAACCACGAGCACUACAUUCCUCUCAGCCUGCCCUUACCCUCAGCUCGCAUCACAGACCAUGCAUCCCCAGAGCCACAGAGCACUCAUGUGUCGGUGCCUGAGUACAAUCUGACCGGAGAGUUCUGCAGAAAGCACUUUCUGACUGGUCUGUUGCUACGGGAGCUGGGAUUGGCGCUCCAGGACGAACAAGACCUGCGACAUCUCGCCUUGGCCACGCUAAAGAAUCUGAUGGCCAAGCACUCUCUGGAUGCACGCUAUGCCACCAAGGAGAAGCAAGCAAGGAUCGCAUCCCUCUACCUGCCUCUGUACGGCUUGAUCCUGGACAACAUGCCCCGCUUCUUUCUAAGGGAUCUCUUUCCCAUUUACUUCACAUCAAGUAACCAAGGCUCCCGAGAUGACGUCAGCAUGGGAGGGGGUGUGGCAUUAGGGCCGACUGCCGUCAUUCGCCAUGGCAACUCCGUGGAUGCCUCUUUUUCCAAAGAAGUUCUCAAUUCUAUCACAGCCUUUUCAUCCUUGGCGGUUGCUAUGGGUAACCAGGCUGACUCUCGAGGUUCUCUGAUCAGCGUGGACUCCAACCCUAGCAACAGCGACAGAAACAGUGAGAAAAUGGAUGGCUGUGAAAAGUUUGCCCGCCCCCAGUCUCUGAUUGGCUACGGCUCUCGCUGUGACAAGCUGGACCAAGCAGAGACUCGAAGUCUCCUCAUGUGCUUUUUGCACAUCAUGAAAACAUUAUCUGAAGAUGUGCUGGUGUCCUACUGGCAUCGGGCCAUUCAUCAGGAAAUUUCUGACUUCUUCAACAUUCUGGAGCUUUGUCUCCAGCACUUCAGGUUUCUUGGAAAACGCCAUAUAGCCCGGAAGCUAGCAGCGGCAGUAAAGCUGGCCCAGUCAACCCAUGCCAAUGGUACCCUGAAGGGCUCUAACCACCCCUCCCAGUCCUCUCAGUCCUCAAGCAUCUUCUCACAAUGGAUGGCAUCUGGAGGCGAAGGCCACCGGCAUGCUCGAUCCCAAACCAUGCCUAUCAUUAGAGGCAAAAACGCACUCACCAACCCCAAGCUGCUGCAGAUGAUGGACACAGAUGGUAGCAUUCAGGAGGGAGAUACGCUGAGCCCCACAGACAUUGAAGCCAAUUUGUCGACAGAAGUGGCCCUCACUGUGUUGGAUGUACUUGAACUCUUUGUUCACCACCACAAGAAGCAGCUGUUGCUGGAUGAUGGACAGAACACGUUGAUGAAGAAGGUCCUGGACACAUACUUGCUGUUCUUCCAGAUCAACCAGUCAACCGCCACCCUGCGGCAUGUCUUUGCUGCUCUCAGACUCUUUGUACAAAAGUUCCCCAGCGCAUUCUUCCAGGGUAAAGCGGACUUGUGCGGGUGCCUUUGCUCUGAGAUCCUCAAAUGCUGCAAUCAUCGAUCCAGCUCCACUCAGACAGAGGCAGCCGCCCUGCUCUACUUUUUCAUGAGACAAAACUUUGAGUUUACAAAGGGAAAAUCAAUAGUUCGUUCACAUUUGCAGGUAAUCAAAGCAGUGAGCCAGUUGAUAGCUGAUGCUGGAAUUGGUGGCUCACGAUUUCAACAGUCCUUAGCCAUCAUCAAUAACUUUGCAAAUGGAGAUACACCACUCAAGAACACUUCGUUUCCUGCUGAGGUGAAAGACCUGACCAAACGGAUCCGGACGGUUCUGAUGGCAACAGCCCAAAUGAAGGAGCAUGAGAAAGAUCCAGAGAUGCUGGUGGAUCUGCAGUACAGCCUGGCAAACUCCUAUGCCAGCACGCCAGAGCUAAGACGCACCUGGCUAGAGAGCAUGGCUAAAAUUCACGUGCGCAACGGGGAUUUGUCAGAGGCUGCAAUGUGCUACAUCCACAUCUCAGCCCUGAUUGCUGAAUCGCUGAAGAGGAGAGGCUACUGGAGAGCUGACAAGUCCAGGAUGUCCAUUGUGUCCCCCGAAGAAAACCCUGUCUUUAAAUGUAGCUCCUUACUAACUACCUCCCGAGAUCAAGACACAUCGUUUUCCAUGGGUUGGGCUGCGUUUUUGUGCAUCAGCCCUAACGUUCAGGAGGAGGGUGCCAUGAAGGAAGACACCGGUACACAAGACACUCCGUACACUGAGGACACUCUAGUGGAGCAGCUGGAGCAGUGUGUGGAUUACCUGUGGAAAUCUGAGAGAUACGAACUCAUCGCAGACAUUAACAAACCUGUGAUUGCUGUGUUCGAGAAGAGAAGGGACUUUAAGAGACUGUCAGAGCUUUACUAUGACAUUCAUCGGUCCUACCUGAAGGUGACCGAGGUGGUGGACGCGGAAAAACGUCUUUUCGGUCGCUACUACCGUGUAGCUUUCUAUGGGCAGGGCUUCUUUGAUGAGGAAGAAAGUAAAGAGUUCAUCUACAAAGAGCCAAAGCUGACAGGACUGUCAGAAGUCUCCCAGAGAUUGCUCAAGCUCUACUCAGACAAGUUUGGAGCCGAUAACGUCAAGAUGAUCCAGGACUCCAAUAAGGUGAAUCCUAAAGACCUGGACCCCAAGUUUGCCUACAUCCAGGUGACAUAUGUGGUUCCCUACUUUGAUGAGAAAGAGCAACACGACAAAAGGACAGACUUUGAACGACACCACAACAUCAGCCGCUUUGUGUUCGAGACGCCGUUCACGCUUUCAGGAAAAAAACACGGAGAUGUUGAGGAGCAGUGUAAGAGGCGCACCAUACUGACCACAAGCUCCAGCUUCCCUUAUUUAAAAAAGAGAAUCGAGGUGGUGGAGCAGCAAAGCACAGAGAUGAAUCCGAUCGAAGUGGCAAUUGAUGAGAUGUCACGUAAAGUUUCCGAGCUCAACCAGCUCUGCAACAUGGAGGAGGUGGACAUGAUUCGGCUGCAACUAAAACUGCAGGGCAGUGUUAGUGUCAAGGUGAAUGCCGGACCUAUGGCUUACGCCAGGGCAUUUUUAGAGGAGAAGAAUGCAAAGAAAUACCCAGAUAACCAGGUCAAACUUCUUAAGGAGAUCUUCAGGCAGUUUGCAGAAGCCUGUGGUCAAGCUUUGGAUGUGAAUGAGCGUCUCAUCAAGGAGGACCAGCUGGAGUACCAGGAGGAGAUGAGAGCUCAUUACCGAGACAUGCUGAUUGAGCUCUCUGGCAUCAUGAAUGAACAGAUUCCUCUCACAAGACAACCAGGAACGGAUCGGAACAGCACCUACUGAAUGGUCAAUUGGCUCAUCAGAAAACCUUUGUGCCCAUCUGAGCCUUAACAUGGUCGAAAUGCUUGUUUUGGAGUUGCAGUGUUUUCCUGCUGCAACGAGGGACGGGAUCGUGGACUGUGACCAAUGACGUGUAAAAAAGAAGGGGAGAAGUGUGUAGACUGUGGUUGUGGUAGUCUGUAGUCCUGUUGUGGUUGACCGUCUUCAAUAGAGGCCAGGCUGCUGGACUGUUAGAUAUUGUCUGUUUCGACCCAUGUGCGAUUUAGAUUUCCAAUCCCAGCAAGCUGAUUCAUACAUGUACAUACUGACAGACACUCGCCAGCAAAUACUGUUUGAUAGACAUGUGCACACACAACAUGGGCCUUCUUUCUACAACCCUGACCCUUUAGAGAACAGUGACCUUACUGACCUUGAGGUGUGUUCAGCUGUGUUUGUAACUUAAAACUUUCUGGUGCAUUUUGAUGACAGUUUUUACACUUUUUCUGUACAUAUAAAAACAAUUUUUCAAACAAUUUAAAGGUUAUUAUUUCAUAUACUUGACACGAAUCAGUCAGAGGACCGCACUUAAAAGACGCUGAACACACCUCUGGAUCUUGCUUGAAUGUAGAUCAGCUUCUCAUUGCUACUUUUUAUCCUUGUUAACAUUCUGGAAAUGUCAUUUUGUCAAUUUUCCAAUUUACAAAACAAACACAAAAAGAAAGAUGUUUUGUAACAUUUUUAUAUUGGAAAUUGCAUUGUUACUGUUAUUAUUUCCUGUACUGUUUUGAACUGUAAAUAAGAAUAAUAUUUAAAAAUGUUUGAAAUGUUUUUUUUUAAUUAUUAUUAUUAUUAUCAAAUAUGCAAUAUAGAAAUAUUUGUUUAGCUCAACAACAAAAAAACUAAAGUUUUAUG